CGUGAUCGCAUCGUUCGUCCAAGCCCCAAAAAUCCCCAAAUUCCUCCUCCCAUCGCUCCGCUCUCUGCCUCCUUCCUCUCUCUCUCUCUCUCUCUCUCUCUCUCUCUCUCGACGUCGUUGAGGGUUUUUCCAAGUCUCAACCGUUGAAGACUCUCUCCCGAAGCCCGACCUUUGGAACAGUGAUGGCAUUAUCUAUGGAUUCAUGGUUGAGGGAGUUCAAUGAAGCUUCUAAGCUCGCUGAUGAUAUUUCUGCAAUGAUUUCUGAAAGGGGUUCACUGCCCUCAUCAGGACCAGACGCUCAAAGGCACACAUCUGCAAUUAGGAGGAAGAUAACGAUUCUUGGUACAAAACUAGACAGUUUGGAGUCCCUUUUGUCAAAGGUUCCAAGAAAACAGCCAAAGGAUAAAGAGUUGCAAAAAUGCCAAGACAUGCUUGCAAAUCUGAAGUCUAGAACGAAGCAGAUGGGGUCUGCAUUGAACAUGUCCAAGUUUGCUAACAGGGAAGAUUUGUUUGGGCCUAGUAAAAUAUCGGUUGAGGACCGAACUUCGGGUUUGGACAACCAUGGAAUUGUUGGAUUACAACGGCAGAUGAUGAAAGAGCAAGAUCAGGGCCUUGACAAGCUAGAGGAGACAGUCUUUAGCACGAAGCAUAUUGCCUUGGCAGUGAACGAAGAAUUGGAUCUUCAUGCCAGAUUGAUAGAUAAUUUGGACCAACAUGUGGAUGUCACAGACUCGAGGCUUCAGCGCGUGCAGAAGAGACUUGCUAUUCUGAACAAACGAACAAAGGCAGGUUGCUCGUGUGGAUGUCUUCUAAUUUUGGUGGUGGUUAUUGUGAUAUUGGCUGCUGUUGUUUGGGCUCUCCUCAAAUAUCUGUAAAUUUGAAGGCUAAAUUGCCUCUCGCGGCCACUCUUCUUGUGUGAGUUUGAUUUUGCAAGCAACAGAAUUUCAUUUGGAAUUGUAUUAUGUGCUGUAUUCUGAAAUUGCUCUUGGGAUUCAUGAUGAUUUGGAUGCAACCCAGUGUGCAUAUAAACUGUUGCCUGUUCUUACUUGUGCCUGGACGAAAACCUUUGUGGUUAUGUAAAGCUUGUUUAUAUAUAUUGGCUUAAUUGCAUUUUAAGUA